CUCCCCCUUAGUCUCGUCAUAGUCGAGAGAGAAACAGUGCAAGAGGGCUGCUGGUGAAGAGAAUCGGUGAGUGAGGGGUGAUACAGCAAUCAUUGGAUAAAAACAGAAAGAUGAAAGCAUGGAUUAAACAACUGCCGUGACAGACAAAAAGGGAAACCUCUGUCCAGCACAUUUUUGCACCGGCUGCGGACUGUUUCGUUUCAUUUUUUUUUAAAAAAAGGGCAGUGAUGGAGGUGAUUUCAUGGUGCACUAUUGGUAGAUAUACAUUAUUUUCUCAUUGCCAUACGGAUUGAAAUUAAGAAUAUAAAUACGCACAUAUCUGAAAGGGCUGAGAGAUGUUGAACUGCGCCUAACAACGUUCACAGCCUACCGCGUCUGGAUAAUAUAACGUUGAGGGCGCACCGCCGACUUUGUUUAGCAGUAUAUCUCGCAGGGGAAAUAUUUAAAUAAGGAAAAAAAAGUUGAAUGGCGGCGGCUUGAAUUUACAUUAGAAACGGUUUGGGCAUUUCUUCGGUUUCAUUAUUUUGCGUAGUAAAACCUACCGCCUGUUCAGUACGUAUACACACACGUACUUGCUACCUGUAUUUACAACACUGAAAGGAACUACCCCUGGAAUUUUACAAAAUGCAUCAUCCGGAAUCUGCAGGAGAUUCUGCUAGCACUAGGAAGAUGGCGCACCCGGCAAUAUUUCCAAGAAGGGGCAGUAGCACCGGCAGCGGCAAUAUCUCGGCUUUGGCAGCGGCAGCAGGUUCCAGCAUUAGCAAUAAUGUCAUUCCGCCUGAUGAUUACCAAUCGCCCUUGUUAAUACAGCCUCCACCCCCGGCUGGGUCUUCCUCUCCGGUGCCCCAGCAUCCUCCCCAGAGCCUUAAUCUCCUGUCCCAGUCCCAGCUGCAGGCUCAGCCUCUCCAGUCGGCCGGGGCGCAGAUGAAAAAGAAAAGUGGCUUCCAGAUCACCAGUGUCACGCCGGCCCAGAUCUCCGUCAGCACCAACAAUAGCAUUGCAGAGGACACCGAGAGCUACGAUGACCUGGAUGAGUCGCACACGGAGGACUUGUCGUCCUCGGAGAUCCUGGACGUGUCCCUCUCGCGGGCCACGGACCUGGGGGGUCCCGAGAGGAGCUCGUCGGAGGAGACGCUGAACAACUUCCACGAGGCCGAGACCCCUGGGGCCGUCUCGCCCAACCAGCCUCACCUCCCCAGCGCCCCGCCGCACCACCAGCUCCUUUCCCAGCAGCAGCAGCAGGUGGCGCCGCCCGCCGCCGCCAGCUCCCGCUUCCGCGUGGUGAAGCUGGACUCCAGCUCCGAGCCCUUCAGGAAGGGCCGGUGGACUUGCACGGAGUAUUACGACAAGGAGGCCGCGGCUCCGGCGGCCCCUCCCUCCGACGGCCCCCCGGGCCACAGGCUGGUGGAGAGCCUGCGGCAGACGGCACCCGAGAGCGCGGUGGGGUCCGAGCGGGAGAGCACCAGCGGCAGCUCGGUCAGCAGCACGGUCAGCACGCUGAGCCACUACACCGAGAGCGUGGGCAGCGGGGAGGUGGGAGCCCCCUGCGUGCUGCAGGCCUUUCAGCAGCAGCCUCCCCAGCCCGCCGACUACAGCGGCCCUCCAGGGAUGCAGUGUUCCCUGCCGGGCCUGCCCCAGAGCGGAUCUCAGCCGCAGCUGGCUCAGGCUCACGUGCACGCCCAAGACGUGGUGCACUCGCUCCUGAAGACGAGCGGGGCCCCCUCCAUCCCCGUCAGCAUCGGCGCCAUUCAGCAGCAGGCCCCGAUCGGCCCCAUGCAGGGCUCCGUGGGACAUCCUGGGGCCGCCCUCCCCCAGCAGCAGUUGCCGUAUUCUCAGAAGGCUGGCCAGCCUGCCCCUGCGGGCGUAGCUCCGCAGCAGAUGGGAUUCCCUGCGCCGCAGCCCUCGGCAGCUCCUACCCAGAUGCCCCCGGCGCAUGCCAUGCCCGUGAGUCAAGGAGCCGGCCUGCCACCCGAUUUCGUGCCCCACCAGCCCCUCCUCCAGACUCCUGUGCCGCCUGGGCCGCAGCAGCAGCAGCAACAGCCGCAGCCUACGAUGCCUCCUCUUCCUCACAUUUCGGGCGCGAUGCCCCCUGCGGCGGUGACCGGGAACAGUCAGAUGAUGGCGGCGGGGCAGCAGCAGCAGCCGGGGGGAGGCGGCAGUGGCGGCACCGUCCCCGCUGCGGUCGGCCAGCCCCCCUUGCAGGGAAUCCUGCAGCAGUCGACCCCGUCGCCGCCCCAGAUGGCCCAGACCGCCCAGGGCGGCAUUCUGCCGCAGGUGUUGCCCGCCGGCGUGUCGGGGCUGGCGCAGCAGCUGGCGAAGGCCCAUCCGCAGCCGCCGGGACUGCUGCAGCCCCAGACCCAGCUGUCGGUCGAGCAGCAGCAGCAGCCGCCACCUCUGGCUCCGGGGCUGGCCGGCCAGCAGCCUGCUGGGAUCGCCGUGAGCCAGGUCGCCGCUAACGUGCCUCCCAGCCUCCCUCAGCCCAGCAUGGCCCAGAGCGCCGCCCAGCCUGUCCAGAACGGCAGUGUGCUAGCCAGCCUGAGCCAGGCCCCCGUAAUGCCCGCCGGCGUUGGCCUUCCCAUAGGGCAGGGAGCCCUGCCGCCUGCUACUUCCCAGUACCCAAACCUGCCACCUCUGACCGCUGCGCAGCUUGAAGAUGCCCGUCGCUUUCUCCUCCAGGAGCAGUCCCUGCUCUCUCUACCCAAGCUGGCAGCUGGGGAGUGUGCCUCUGAGGCUGGCACCUCCCUGGCGCACGAUCCAAGCGGGGGUAUCAAUGCCUUAGCGGCCUCGGCCACCCUAUUACCCCUGAAGACCCUGCCCCUCGCCACGCACGUAGUGGAUGGCGAAGACGACAGUUCUUCGGGUGCCAGUGUGGUGGCCAUCGACAACAAAAUUGAACAAGCAAUGGACCUGGUGAAGAGUCACUUGAUGUACGCAGUGCGGGAGGAGGUGGAGGUUUUGAAGGAGCAGAUAAAGGAACUGAUCGAGAGGAACUCGCAGCUGGAGCAGGAGAACAACCUGCUCAAAAACCUGGCCAGCCCGGAGCAGCUCGCACAGUUCCAGGCACAGCUACAGAGCGGCUCCCCGCCCGCUUCCUCCCAGCCCCCGGGGACGGCAGCCCAGCAGGCUGGGGCGCCAGCCCAGCCCGCCUCGCAGAGCGCCGGGCCCUCCGCGUAGCGCCGCCGAGACCCCGCGGCAGGGCCGGGCAGGGCUGCGCCGAUGGGGGCGCCAAUAAAACUCAAGAACAAACACGCCGCAAUCACAGGAAUAGUCCGUUUCCAAAUUUGCACAUAUUUAAAAAUGUCAAAACCGUGACGCGACAAAGACAUAGCUCUAUACGUAUAUUUGUGUUACGAUACCUUAUAAGACGCUCGAUACACUUUAAAAGACAAUCGUCUUGACGCAAAAGACCUUAUUCCGUGGCCGGCUGAGCUCUUAUCUGCGAACCGGGGCGUUUGGCAGCGGGAGGCGCAUCUAUCGUGCCCGAACCUAGAUAUGGAUAUCAAGCGACGUCCAUUUCAUCGGCGGCCCUGGAGUUGUACGGCUUGUUGGCUGCGCUCAUCUUUUAAGACUUGUCGUGUGGCGGCUCUGCUCGGGGCAGCGGCCGAGCAGAAAAGCGGGAGAAACAAAAAUGCACUUUCUGGGGUGGCGAACGUGAAGGAAUCCGGACAGCCACCUUGACGGCGGGCACCCCCGUCUGGAAUGCGGGGCGCCUGGGGGACAGGAGGCGAGUUACAGUCGCAUCCGCAGUUGGGUCGUGUGGUGCUUUGGAGGCGGGGGGGCGGGGGUGGAUGGGGAAUCUCUUUGCUUGAGGUGGCGUGCAGACGUUUUCAGUAUUUAACUUCGGAAGCUAUCUUCGCGUUUUUGCCUCCACCCCUCCAAAUUGACGCCAUUCCACCACCACCCCCUCGCUCCUACCCUUCCCCUUUGCAAAAA